AUGACCGAAAAACGUGCCGUCUUUACGGAGAAAGGAGCCGCACCAUUGCCCGUCUUCUCUCAGGCCGUGGUGCAUAACGGAAUGAUAUACUGCUCUGGUAGCAUUGGCCUUGACCCGGCAACCAAAAAGGUGGUCGAGGGGGGGAUUGGCGAAAGAACCGUACAAGCACUACGAAAUCUCUCGGUUGUCCUGGAGGCUGGAGGGAGCAGUAUCCAAAAUGUUGUAAAGGUCAACGUGUUCUUGACCUCGAUGAAAGACUUUGCAGAGAUGAAUGAGGCUUAUGAACCUUUCUUUAGCGGUGGUGUUAAACCAGUAUGGAUUAUUCUCGAAUUCAAGAUACGGAUAAGCGUUAAACUGAUGCCAAUUCUUUUGAAGUGCCGUACCUGCGUAGCAGUGAAGGAACUGCCUUUCGGGACCGAUGUCGAGAUUGAAUGCAUUGCAUUUUUGACGGUUUAG